ACUUAGGUCAGACUAACCCUAACCAUUAUAACUAUAUGGAGGGAGGUAUUUCUGUGACACAGACCCUCAAUUACGUUACACCGGGGCGCCCGCUCUACUCUACGUGCGAGAACUCUACCAACUGAACCACCGAACCAUCCACUGCACUAUUUUACUGUCAAUCUCGUCUCCAUUGGACGUCGCUUGUGUCUCCUCUUGUCGACAAUUAGCAGCCACUGAAAGAUGAUAAUCAGCGCAUUCAGAACAAGCUGAUCCGCGGACUAACAGAUCCACAGGUCAAAUACGGCCGAUCCACUUAAAAGCAAUGCCGACUAAACCCCUGAUGGUUUCCUCGCCUCCCCAUGGCCCAAUAAGCGGAUUAAACCUCGUCCCCGAAGUUUAGUGGCCAAGUCAACAAAAAUGAACAACUUUUAGGAGCCCCCUGUACCACCCGUCUCCCCUGCUUCCAGGCGGCAACCGAUCUUCUAUUUGAUUGGCCAACUGCUCGGAGACAGUUCUCCAAACCCGGACCUAUUGUUUAAGCUAAACCCAACAUUUUUGCGCAAUGCUGGAUGGGCUGUCUUCAUAGGAGACGGCUGAUAUUAAGAGUGCAUUUGAAAACGCUUUCUCUACAUACUGAUUGAGAGUUUUCCAUUCUCUUUCUCGCGUUUAAGCUGUUUGAGGGACAACAGACUGUGCCCCGCGACAGCCAUAAUAUAUAGGACAAAUACGGUGAAUUAUUUGACGUUCGUCUGUCGAUAGAAAACUUGAAAGGCAAUUGGUAAGAUGGCGCUUAAAAUGAACAUCGAGUGUUUCCGUGUGGUAGCGGCAAUAGUCAUCCUGUUUUAUUCGGACCGGUCACUCUGCAGGUGCAGUGGCCUAUCCACGGUCCAGAGAAUUGGGAAUCAGAUCCUGGGAAGCAUGAAUUACGCCUCCAGCCGGGCGAGGGAGGUGGUGGACCUCAUGUUUCUGGUAGACGAGUCUGGCAGCGUUUCCAGGAAGGAUUUCCAGUCGGAGUUGGAGUUUAUCAAGAACAUACUGGAACAUUUCAGCGUGGCGCCACAGUACACACAGGUCGGCAUUAUCACAUUUGGAAACGACGCCAAGGUCCACAUUAGUUUGGACGUGGGGUCGAAGCUGGACAAAUGCGAGUUCAUAAAGAGACUCGGUCACGUGGGGUACCGAGGAGGCAUGACCAACAUGCAGCAAGCGUUCUACUUGGCAAAGCAGAAUUUGGACCGAGUGCGGUCAACUGGUCGGGGCGCUCUACAGGUAGUAUUUCUACUAAGUGAUGGACAUUGGAACAACGGUGGUGACCCCAAACUCCUUGUGGAUCAUAUGAAGAAGGACAAUGUUGAGUUUGUUGCUGUUGGAGUGGGGUGGUGGCAGAAACGCAUAUUAAACGACCUGUCAUCAUCAGACAAAAAUGGGAAGAAGUUAGUAUAUGACAUUAAAACAUUCAAACAAUUUCGGGACAUAGCUCGAUAUUUUCACAAGGGCCAACAGAAGUUUGAAUACAAGGCAGUGCUGGCGACCCGUUGUGGAAGCAAAUGUCGAACCGGGGCCUACUGCAGCUGCGACGCACGCGGAGGACAGGAAUAUAAAUGUGUCUGCAACAAGGGAUACCACAUCAAGCGAGAGGGACAGAUUAUGAAAUGUGCCAAAUGCGCCCAAGGAACAUACAGCGUGUCAGCAACCACUGAGGACACCUGCACCGCUUGUCAGGGCUUCACGACCACAGCUAACAUUGGGUCGAUCACACCCAACGAUUGCAUCUGUAAAGAUGGCUUCACCAAUACCAACACGGCAAUAGGCCAGCCUAUCGACAAAACACCACCGUGCAAAGAGGUCAGGUGCCAGAAGUUGACUGCCUCUGCCAAUUCGUUCCUCAAGGGACAAUGCCUUCAAAAAGUCGGAAGUGUGUGUCAGUUUGCUUGUAAUAAGGGUUUUAAGAUUCGGUCACAAAAUAUUAAUUCCAUUAAAUGCCAAUCCGACGGGAAGUGGAACGGAGCUGUGCCGCAGUGUGAACCCAUCUCGUGCCCUAACCUGAAGGGCAACGUAGUGUAUAAUGCAGAUCCUUGGUCGUGUACAAACCCAAUGGGUUUCGCUCAUCACCAAAUUGGAACUGUCUGUAGGUCAUCGUGUCACCAAGGUUACCGCGCAACCGGAAGUUCUACCCGGGAAUGUAAGGAUAAUGGGAAGUGGUCCGGUACUGACUUAUACUGUGAACAGAUACUCUGCCAGCCCCUACAAAACCCCCAAAAUGGGCGUUUUAGUGUGCAGCAAUGCACGGCCCGGCCCACUGCCCGAAUGACAUGCAAAGUGAAUUGUAACCUCGGUUACGUGGUGCAAGGACAGGCCAGUGUGGUCUGUAAGGAUGACGGCACGUGGAGUGGUGCACCUGGGCAUUGUAGAGAUGCCCAAGGCCCCGUCAUAAAUCAACGAACAAGUGACAUAACUGUCAACGCAGCUUUGGACAGUAAUCAAGCGGUUGUGAACUGGGAACAAGACAAGCCACGAGUGACGGACAACUCCGGAAAGGCACCACGUGUGACACUUUACAUAGGCGGUCGAGAAAUAAAAGGUGGAGGCUAUAAACAUACUUUCAAGAUAGGUGAGACCACAGUGAAGUACGUGUUCACAGACGACAAUGGUAACAGCGCCAAUUUCAAUUUCAAAGUGGAAGUGCGGGAUGUCCAGCCACCCACCAUAACCUGUCCAAAAGUUGACCCAGUGGUCUCUGCGGACAGAGAGGUCGACGUGUCCUGGGUAGAGCCAACGGUAAAAGACAACAGUGGCAGACCCGUGACGGUGAACAGCAAUAUGAGUCCAGGGAAGUUUUACUGGGGGCGGUACAAAAUUGUUUACGACGCCAGAGACGAAUCUAGAAACCAUGCAAGUUGCUCUUUCGCGCUCAACAUAGGACCUCACCAGUGUCCUGAUCUCCAUACACCUAUCAACGGAGCUGCAGGGUGCGACACCUUUGGGCUCGGCGUGUUCUGUACUCUUCAGUGCCAAAAUCCGUACGAUUUCGACUUGCCAGCCGGUAUGACAUCCGUGCCACCUUACUACGUGUGUGGAGGGAGCGGAACCUGGACACCCAGCACCGUAGUACCUGACUGUACCCGAUACCAGGAUCCCAAUGACAACCUCGUUCUGACCGUGUACUACGAUUAUGAAUGCCCGGAUCCCAGGGCUCAAAAACAAAUCAAAGAAAAUGCUGUGAGCAUUUUCAAAGGGUCGCCUUUUGGGCUUAUAUGUAACUGCAACAUCACAGUCGAUAACUUCAGAGUCAUCUGCGGCGCCAUUAACGCCAGUGCUGUUCGAGGAACACCAGCGCCCCCUCGAGGUAAAAGGUCCGUGGGGGCUCCUUCACUCAGAGGACAAAAUGUUGAGUUACUCAUGAGAGAAAUGAAAAACGCGCUAGAAAAGAGCGCACAAACCAUCGGGCUUCGUGCUCGGUAUAAUGUCCACGGAGAGGUGGAGAGUUGCCCACCGGGACAGGAAUAUAAACAAGAGAGAAAUAAAUGUGCGGUCUGCGUGAAGGGAUAUUUUCAGAAUGCGGCACUGAAGUGUGAAAAAUGUCCCAAGGGUCAGUACAGCGAGGAAGAGAGACAGGUCAUGUGUGUGACUUGUCCCGACGGGGAGAGUACGCUGACCACUGGCUCUUUUAGUAGACAAAACUGUACCGAUUCCAAUGGUUGA